AUGGAGCCAAGCGAUACCACGUCCAGGCAUGCGCCCUCUCCAUCCGACACCACCACCAUCAUCGUCACUCCCGCCCCUAACGAACCGAUCAAUGGCGGAUUCUCCGCCGCACAGUUCGCCGAUUACGAGAAACGAUUGAAGGUGGCAUCACCAGACGCUCCGUCCACCGCAUCCACCGUUCCCGAGAAGCGGCAGAGCCGGUUCGUUCGCAAUAUACGCCACACCUCCCUCAACGUGUAUCGCCGGCUCUUCUCGAUCGUCUUCCUCCUGAACGUCGUCGGUUUGAUCGUGCUUCUAGCCCUGAAUAAGACAUCGGCGAAGAUCGACAUAGCCCACGUGGCUACCGCGGCGUCGGCAAAUAUCCUCGUGGCCAUCACCAUCCGCCAGGACUAUGUGGUGAACUUCAUGUUUCGGACGUGCUGGCUCGUGCCUCUCUCUGCACCGCUACGCCUUCGACGUAUGUUAGCGAAGAUCUACGAGCAUGGCGGGGUCCAUUCCGGUGCAGGCGUGGCGGGAACUGUCUGGCUGAUCCUCCUGACCGUAUUGAUUACCAUCAACUUUGUAGAUCAUUCCAUGCGAUCGAUCCCAGUUCUGACUUUCAGCUAUGUCCUGUUGCUCCUUCUCCUGACGAUCAUCGUUUUUGCGUACCCCCGAUUCCGAUUCAUGUCACACAAUUCGUUCGAGAUGACGCAUCGGUUUGCUGGAUGGACCGGUGUCGCGCUCUUCUGGGUGGAGCUUCUCUUGAUCGCACACGAACUCUCGACCCGCAGCCAUCGAAACAUGGGCAUCGAGCUCAUCCACCAGCCCACGUUCUGGUUCCUCUCCGCAAUCACCUUCAACAUCCUCCUCCCCUGGCUACGUCUCCGCAAAUGGACAUUCCGUCCUGAAGUCCUCUCCAACCACGCUUUACGCCUUCACUACGACAAGACCCUAAAACCCUUCUCCGGCCUCGCCAUCAGCGACAACCCUCUCUUCGAAUGGCAUCCCUUCGCCACCUUCCCCGCCGUCGACGGUGCCCCCGGCGGCAGCAUGAUCAUCUCCGACGCCGGCGACUGGACCAAAUCGGCCAUCAUGAACCCCCAGACCAAAUACUGGGUGAAGGGGCUCCCGAAAACCGGCGUCCUCAGCAUGGCCUGCAUCUUCCGCAACGUCGUCGUCGUCACUACCGGCUCGGGCAUCGGCCCAUGCCUCUCCUUCCUCACCGACGCCUCCCGACGCCAGCCGGCCCGCGUGCUCUGGUCGACCCCCAGCCCGCUACGGACGUUCGGGCAAGGUAUCGUGGAUGCAGUGCGCAGCGCCGAUUCCGAGGCGGUGAUCAUCGACACGCGGGCGAGCGGGCGACCGAACAUGGUGGAGAUCACGUAUCGGAUGUACGUGGAAAGCGGGGCGGAGGCGGUGUUCGUGAUCUCGAAUCCGCGGCUGACGCGGAAGAUUGUGUAUUCGAUGGAGAGCCGGGGGGUUCCUGCGUUCGGGCCGGUGUGGGACUCAUGA